GUUAUGGCCCAGUGUUUUUGCCUGAUGCCGGUACGUGGUGUUCUCAGUAAAACAGUCAAGGGCUUGUCAUUUCGUUGGCUUAGCUUUCGCACCAGCUAUUGUCUGGUCUAUAUGGCCCUAACCAUUGCCGAUAGCCUGCUAACAUUGAAUAUGGUCAGACGUGCUGAGUUGGAUGUGCGAAACAUUGAACCAUUGGUUUUCCACAGCACCAUAUUCAUGGCUUCCAUUGGUUUUCUACGAUUGGCCUCGAAAUGGCCAAAGUUGAUGAGACGUUGGCAACAAGUGGAAAGACAAUUACCCGCACAUCAGAGCUGGCAGGAACGUGGCGAAUUGGCUAGGCGAAUUAAGACGGUGACAUUUGUUCUGAUCACAUUGUCGUUGACCGAACACUUACUUAGCACCAUUUCGGCCAUACAUUUUGCCAACUAUUGUCCCUCGACCAAUGACCCCAUCGAAUCGUAUUUUCUUAAUACUGUCGAUCAGAUAUUUCUGAUUUUCGACUAUUCACCCUGGCUGGCAUGGUUGGGUAAAAUUGAAAAUAUUCUCUUGACAUUUGGCUGGACAUAUAUGGAUGUGUUUGUGUUAAUUAUUGGCAUUGGCCUGUCAUCGAUGUUUAAGAGAAUCCAGCGGCAAAUGGAACAGUAUAAAGGCAAGGCAAUGCCCGAAUCAUAUUGGUGUGAAAUCCGAAAGCAAUAUAUGCUUGUGUGUGACUUAAUCGAAGAGGUCGAUGCUGCCGUCUCGGGGAUUAUAAUGUUGUCGUUUGCAAAUAAUUUAUAUUUUGUCUGCAUUCAAUGCUUAAAGAGUAUUAACACAAUGCCAUCUAUUGCCCAUGCCAUCUAUUUUUAUUUUUCCUUUAUGUUUCUGCUGGUUCGUACCUUGGCCGUAUCUCUGUACUUGUCCGAAGUAAAUGAUCGCUCCAAAGAUCCGUUGGUCAUACUGAAAUAUGUUCCAGCCGAUGCCUAUCACAGUGAAAUAGAACGAUUUGCAAUAGAAAUCAAUUCAAUGUCGGUGACUAUGACGGGAUUGAGGUAUUUCGAUAUUACCAGGAAAUUGCUGUUGACGGUAGCUGGAACAAUUGUCACAUAUGAACUGGUUUUAAUACAAUAUCAUGAGGAUCAGAAACUAUGGCACUGUGGCAAUGAAUAA